UGUAGACUGUAAACUGCGUCCUCCGUUAUGGCGCUUUUGUGUCCGGCCGGUCGCCGUACGUUAAAUCCGCGUUGUUUUGCAGUAUGUCGAAAUUCCGUAAUAAACUAACCGAAAUUGUCAAAGACAGCUAUUUAAUUUUGUGGUGUUGUCAUCCGCGUCUAUCUGCCGUGCUCUGAGCAGCAAAAGUUUAUUUAGUUACACGAUCCGUCUAGACGGAAAGCUUCAAAACAUUGAAGCUUUCGGAUCGGCAUUCAUGGAACUAUGAACCUGGAUUCGUUGUCAUAUACGUUGGCCCAAAUAAGUUAUCUCGUCAGCAAUUUGUCGAAGAAAAAUUUUAAAGCCAGCGUUCAAGAAAUAUUUGAUGUAAGUCUUAUGUAAACUAGUUAACUGGGAUCGUGCGCGCCCUGGGUUAUUAGCCGCCAUUUAAUGGAAACGAUAAGUGAUCGCCGUUUAUUAUGUUUGGAAUGUCGUACCAUCUGUUACAGUAAAAUAUUAAUAAAACUUGCUCAGUGACAAUUGUUAUUAUUUAAGUACCCACUGUUAAAUAACUAAAAAUGUGACAAAAUCUUAUUCAUGAAUAAAGACAAAGUAAAUUAUUCACUUUUAUUAGGUUACCUACGAUACGUUAGUUUUAUUAUAAGGAGCAAAAGAUUUAUUUUUCAUCAAAACUAUCAAUAGGAUUGAAUAGAAGAUUUACCGUCAUUUAACUGUUUAUAAUACUAUUACAACCUAAGUACGGAAAAAGUGUUAUUAAACAUUAAAUUAAUUGACUAUUGAUUAAAAAUGUAUAAUUUAUUUUGUUUUAUCUAAAAAAAAAAUAGCAAUGGUAACAAAACCAAUUAAAAAAUAUAUAUAUAUAUUCUUAAGUAUUUAAGUAUUUUUUGGAAAAUUUGUAUAUCCAUUUUUAAUUAUUUGAAUUUGUUUUCGGAAUACAACAUAUUUUUUACAAGACUAGUAUCUAAUAUUAGGUACUGUGUCAUGUUAAAUAUAUAAUAUAUUAAUUUUGAUUAUUAUUUUUAGGCUAUUCAAUUACAAGGAUUUGAAGCUGAUCGGCACCUACUAAGGUGUUUGCUGUCUUAUAUAGACUUCAGAGACUCGGAGGGACCUCGAAAUACAUCCCAUAAAGAUUACUAUCAAGUCCAACUGUUAGUUCAACAGUGUGCAACUCUCUUAAAUAAACCAGCACUCACUUCAAUAUUGUGUUUCGCUCUUGAUAAUCCACUGCAUUCACACAAGGUUAAUAUGUAUUUUUGAAAUAAAUAUUUUGUUUGGUAGCAAUAUAAGUAAAUAAGAAGAUUUGAAAAAAAAAAUAGUUUGAAGUGUCCUUACAACUUAUUUUCUUCUUUUCCUUUGCUUAGAUUUCAACUGUUUUGGGUCAGGCACCCUCAUCCUAAACUUCCGCUUGACCUAAUCUUCCAUCUUGCAUACAUAAGUUGUUCUCAUACUAUUCUCAAUCACAUCAACCACUGAAUCACUUCCUUUCCGGACCUUCUCUCCACCUCUUUCUACUUUUUUUUUACAUUACAAUACUUACUACUUCAGAUUACUUUCUCCUCAUGACAUGCUUAUUUCAGUCUAUUUUCUCUCGGUUUGUUGACUAUUGAAGUCACGUAAAACAUUUUUAGUAUGGUGGGGUAUUUUUGGGUUGGAGUGGGUGGAUGAGUAAAUAAUUUGUGUUGGUAUUUCAAGGUAAAAAUAUGUCAAGCCGCCACUGCAUCCAUUUAAGCAUUCUUAUCUUCUGCUACACUCAUUGUUUGUUAUAUUUUUUUGUUUAAUGCCCAACAUUCCAAAUCAUACAACAUAGUUGGUCUUGCCACACUUUUGACGAAUCUAUAAUUGAGUCUCAUUAGAAUUCUUUUGUUACAUAAAACAUCUGAUGCUUAUCUCUACUUUAUUCAACCACACUUAAGAGGACGGUAUACAUGCAUUUGUUGUUUCUGUCUUACAAAUUCACAAUAUAGUUUAAACAUGCUUAUGUAGACUACACAUUACUUCUACUUAUUCUUAUCUCCUUUCUUUCGAGUACUAGGUUCCAUUCCUCCAGCUUAUUGUGAACUUCUUCCAGAUUUUCUCUUAUCAUCAAAGCUAUAUUAUCUGAAAACGUUCACUAUGGUACUUCCUCUCAUAUGUUUUUCCACACAAAUUUAGGGUGAGAUAGUUCACCAAAAUCUUGUUUAAAACUCCUCAUACUGCUGUGACAGAAUUUUACAUUAAUUAUGCAACUAAAUAUAAUCUUAAAAUGUGAAAUACAUAAUUAAUAUUACUUACACAGGUUGGCAUACAGAGUGUUAUUGCUGUCAAAUAGGUGUUUGCAGUCAAUGAUCAUUUUCUUAUUAUAGUUUAUAUUUUAAUAUCAGGUCAUUUUCUGCUAGUGAUCAUUGUUCACACAAACACUACUUGGACAGAGUAAAUGCACUGGUAUAACUCACUGGUAUGCACUGGUGUGCUCCAACCUGUGUAGAUAACUGUGGUUUUAAUUAAAGAGAUAAAAUUACAUAGAUAGUCAAUAUUUUUUUACUUUUGUUGUUUAAUUAUGACCAAAUAAGUAGGUGUGAUCACAGUGUAUCAUGUUUUUAUUCAGUAUGCUCUUCCAGCCUAGGUCUUAGUUCUCUUCAACUAUAGGCUGUACUAACGGUAUCUAAUAAGAAGUGGAAAACUACAAUAGUUGGUUUACGGGAUACUAAUUUAAGCAGGAUGUAUCAUAAAAUGUGAUCAUACUUAUCUAUUUCAUUAUGCUAUUAAUGAUAAUAAUCUUGGCUAAGAAUUUCUUUAGUUACUUAUAUACAUAAAGGUGUCCCACGGAUUUUAAUAUCUGUAAAUAUUCCUUUUUCUUUUCAAUGGAAUUUUCUUUUAGGGAGCCAUACAUUUAGAAUUAAAUCAAAUUUGUAUUAUCAUUAGAAAAACAUAACUUAAUUUGUUCAAUUUUCAAAAUAGUCUAUUUUUAAUAAACAUUAUUCUAAAAAUUGUAAUCUAACAUUUAUACAAACCUAAUGAAUAGUUUCUUAGUAAUAGCCUAUUUUAUUUAUACAGAAGUGGUAUGAAUAAAUUAUAUACAAUAAACUAGCACAUUACAUAACAGGGAUUCAUAAUCAUAAUAACAGUAAUAAAACUGUCAGAAAAUGUUUACAAUAAGUAGGUUUUUAUUUUAUUCUGUACUUAUUACAAUACAUUUUUUGUAUUAAAUAUUUUGAAACUUAAAUGUACAUUACUAUAAAAUUAUUGAUUUGGAUAUGAGUAUAUGGUACAUUCAGAUUUCCUGUAUAAUAUCUUACAUAAUGGCCAUUUUGUUGGCUAGUUUUUUUUUCCUUUAUUGAUUUGAGAGUGAAAAUAAAAAUCCUAUUUUUCUCUAUAUAAUAUGGAUCCCUUUGACAAAAAAACCUGAUAAGAAAAAUGUAAAAAUGAAAUAUCAGAUUUAUUGAAGUCCAAAGAACACAAUAUUGGACACUUGUAUACGCCUAACCUCUAUUAUAGUUGAUAUUUAUUUGAUAAAUGCCUUACAGCUUUUUGAACAGGGUAUGUGAAGUAACAUAGAGAAAUAAACAAAAUAUUAUAUUCCAUUGUUAUAUUUUUGAGUAUUAACCUAUAAUACAUUUUUUAUUUUAUAUAUUAUUAUGUUCUAUUGCAGACUCAAAAACCAUCAAUACAACUGUUUGUUCAACUGAGCAGAAUAUUACAUUUAAGUCCUGUCCAAGAAGUUGUAUUUGGACUUGUUUGUUUAGAAUCAACCAACUAUUCUACUUGUGCUUUACAAUUUGUUCGCCAGAAAUUACCACUUCUUAUUAAAACUUAUAUUAAUUCAGGUAGAAACAAAUUAAUCAAUGUAAACAUUAAUGAUUAUAAUCAAUAUUUUUUGUUUUAAAAUUUAGAUAUUAAUACUAAUCAAGUAUCUAACGGAGGACUACACGAUUCAAAUCCUGAAGUUCUUCAUCUCAUAUUGAGUCACGUAUUUAAUGUCGAUGAACAAUUAUUUGGUGUGUAAUUAUAUGCAUUUAAAAUCUAUAUAUUUUAAAAUUUAGAUGGACAUUUCAAAAUACAUUUAUGUUGUUUAAAAAAUUUAAAAUAAUGCAUGAAAGUUAUAAAACUACUACAUAUAAUAUAAUUUCUUCAUAUUUAGUUUUAACAUUAUAAUGAUCACUAGGUUUAUUUUAAGUAUUAUGUUAUCAAUGUCGGAUUUAUUUUAUAUUAACUGGUAGUAGUGGCCUAUAAGGAUAAUUUAGAUUAUCAAUAUUUUAACUAUUUUUCCAGUAGUUAACAAUCAAUCAAUCAUAUUUUAUGUAAAUUAUUAUUAUGUAAUUAUUAUCAACAAAUUUAAUAGUAAAACCACAAUUUGAAUCAUUCAAAAAUGUCAGUAGGAAAAUUUCUGAAUAGUUCUGAUUAAUGGUAUUAGUCAGGAUAGUGAGUUGCUUUUGCUAGCAGUUUGUUAUUAAAAUAAUAUGCAGGGAGGAUCAAAAGCAGCCCAUCACCCUUUAGUUUAUCUCCACAAUUUGUUCGGAGUGAAAUUAAGAAGUGUUUUGCAUUUUUAUUAAAAUUAUAAUUUUAAAUAAUUAUGCAUAAAAAAAAAAAAAAAACUAUUUUAUUAGACCUUUUUAUAUACCACUAAUUGCAACUCAUGAAAACUUUGUGUAGUAACUAGGGCUAGUAACUAACUGGGCUUAAACAAUUUUAAUCACAAAACCAAAUAAUUUCUUAAAAAUGACUUUAAAUAUAUAUUUAAGGGCCUUAAGAAAAUCAGAAACUUUUUUAAAUACAUUUGUUUUAUUUUAUGUAAGAUAAAUAUUGUAUUCUAAAAUCCUUAUAUAUAAUAGAGCAUGCUGUUUAUCUCAAUAAUUUCUCAUUUAAUAUUUUAGUUGAUUCAAUACUCUUCAUAAAUAAUUUUGUUUGAUAAUAAUAAAUUAGUUACAACAACAAAUUUUUUAUUUAAAGUAAUUAAAAUCUUUAACUCCUAUAAUAAAUUAAUCUGUUGUAACAAUAAUUUAUACUUAUCUUGUUAAUUAAACAAUAAAUUAUUUUGUAUUUUUUCAUAUUAUUUAAAUGAAAAAGUUAAUUUUUGUUUUUCGUUAGGAAUAAGUAAGGAAGUUAAAAAAGUUUUAUUGCUUAAUCUACGUCGUGACUUUCCAAUAGAGGUAGUACCAAUCUUGUUGGUCCCAUUAAUAUAUUUAGAAAAACCAGAACAACCAAUGGAAAAAAUAAAUUUGGAUACAUCAAAUACCAUUGCCAAUAUAAUGGUAAUUAUUAUUUUUAAUUAUAUAUAGUUCAAUUAUUUUUAUUUUUUACUAUUGAUAUUGAUUUGUAUUUGCAGGAUAAUCCAUCAUUACCUGAUUUAAUUCUGGAAAUGGGAUACACUGUCUGUUCUUCAAUAGAUGAAUGCCGCCGAAAUAUGUUAUCAGUUACCAAUGGUUGCGUGUCUUCAAUAACUUUUGGUCCGGAGUCUGUCGCUAAAGUAAUAUCUAUGAUGAUACGUACUCAUACGGGUUUAGAUUCCCAAAUACCAUAUUGGCCAGACAAUGGAGAUCAUGAUAUGGAUACAGUACCUUCAAAUUCCACUACCUGGAAUAUUGAAGUGUUUGUAAACACAAUUAAAGAACUGGUAAGAUACUUACUUCACUGAAGGUUGUACAUUUUUAAACAUUUUAUACUAAUAAUUGUUUUGUUUUAGAACCCAUCUUUAUCUUGGAUAGAUUUGAUAAAAGAACUUGACCAUGGAGACUUUUAUGUUAAGGAUAGACAAGGUUUAGUCCUUCUAUUUUUGGCAUUAAGACUUGGUUUAAAUGCUGAAGGGUAUCAUAUUGAGAACUUUCCUAUAGAGAUGUUUUAUCGCCAGUGGACAAAUUCUGAAGCCCAAGUUAAUAUUUUUAUUUUAAAUUAAAAAUAUGUGUUUACAGUGGUUUUUAUUUUAGAUGUCUCUGAUUCAACAUAUUUUACAAAACUCUGAUGUAUUUUGUUUUGCUGAUUAUCCUUAUCGAUCAGUAUCAAUAGAUUCAUUAAAAGUUAUGCCAGAAUCAGAUGACAAGGACAUAAAUAAUUGGUAAAGUAAUUUAUAUAUUAGGUAUAUAGUUUAGAUAAAGCAGUGGUUGGAAAUAUUAUGAUAUUUUUUUGUAGAUAUACUGAUAGUUUAGGGUUUUAUUUUUUAGCGUAUAGUGAUAAAUGAUAAUACUAACAUUUUUCAUAGAAAAACAAAUUGUAUAGUAAUUUUACUUGGUUUAAUUUUGUUUUAAGGCGUUCAAUUGAACUUGUUGAAUUAUUGCUUUAUUUGGCUGAAUGUGGACUUUAUUAUGAAGUUCAAGAAUGUCUGAAGUUUCCAAUGCAAAAAUGUCCAGAUAUAUUAGCACUCUCUUUGAUGGAGUCCAAUGGACCAUUAAAUAUGAUUAGACAUGAAAUCAUUAGUAGUAUAAUACCUAUAUUUUUAGGAAACCACAGUAAUGCUGCCACCAUAUUGCAACAUGCAUGGAACCAUCAGGUAUUACAUAUUCAUUAUAUAAUGUGUUUAAACUUGUCUAAAUUACACUUCAAUGGUGUUAGUUUUUUUUCAGAUAUUAAUUUAUAUAUUAAAUAUAUAGUUCUUACUGUAUAUGUAUACUCACAUUUGUUAAACUACUAUUAAUACAUUUAUUUUGGUAAAUAACCAAUAUUUAAUUUCUCUUGUGUCAUGUUAUUUUAAAUUCAUUGAUAAAUAAUAUAUAUUUUCUUUUUUAAUAUCAUAUUUUACUACAUAAAUAAUACCCAUAUAGAUUUUAUAUAAAACCACAUGGUCAGUUUUAAUGUUUUUGAUUGGAAACCAGAUUUAAUAGGUGGAGCAGUUUAUUUUUCAUAUUUGGUUGCAUAGGGUAAACAUUUUUCAAAAAUUAUUAUUUUUUUUAAUAGUUACAUUUUAUAUUAUCUUCAGUACAUUUAGCUAUUUUGUAUACAAAAUUGUGUUUUUAGAUUUAAUUUAUUUUAGAUACAAAAUAUAUAAAUACCAAUAUUAUAAUUAUACAGAAAAAUGUUUUGCUUUUUAAUUGGCUCAUAAAUUUAGAUAAACAUGUUAUCAACAGAUAUAUAAAAUAUUAGGUACAUUAUUUUGAGAAAGUUGUACUAAUGUCUAUAUUUAAGCCUGGAAAUUAUUUACAUAUGACCAGUAGAAGGUUAAUGGCAGUUUGUAGUUCUAUGUCUGAGACGGAGUCCUUUAGUAUUGAUUCCCCUUUUUCUUGUUGAUUACUAUUUUAUCUCUGCAAUCGGGUUUUAUUUUGCCAUUUAUUCUUUUGAUGUGUGUAUUAUAAGUAUAUUAAAAAUACUUGCCAAAGAUUAUUUGUCUAAAAUUGGGAUCUAUCUAAUGUUGGUGUAACUAGAGGAAUAUUUUUGGAUGUCUGGAUACCCCUUUCCAUCUGUGCUUAUGUAAUAUAAAUUUAUUAAAACUAGUCGCCAUCACUAUAUUAUUUUUCUUAUACAUGUUAAUUGAAUAAAUGAUUCUAUAUUUUUUUAAUGUAUUAUUAAAGUAUCCAUUUACCAUAAUUAUAUUAAAUUUAUUUUUUUAUUUUAUGUAGAAAUAUGACACCCCCCCCCUGUUCAAAAAGACCUGGUUUCGUCACUGGUGUGAAGAGGUAUCUAUUUACUGAUGGUCAAAUUAAUUAUGUUUUAUUUUAUUUUAGAAUGUUGGACUUAAACAUACUUUGGUACAAGCAAUGAGUGAUUGGUAUAUGCGUAGUGAUUAUGAUCACAUAAAACUUUCCCGGAUUUUGGAUAUAGCUCAAAAUUUAAAAGUAGGUGAAAUUAUUUGUCUUUUGAAAUUACUUGAUUUAAUAACUAUUUUAUUAUUUUAGGCUCUGUCACUUUUAUUAAGUGUACAACAAUUUCCAUUCAUUAUAGAUUUAGCAUGUUUAGCAUCUCGAAGAGACUACUUAAAAUUAGAUAAAUGGUUAGCUGAUAAAAUACAUGAACAGAGUGAACCAUUUGUAUCAGCUUGUGUUACAUUUUUACAAGUAUGUGCUAAUUCAUUAUACUUAAUGAGUUAUUAUUUGUUAUACUUUUGGUAGUAAAUUAACUUGAACAUUAAUCAAAAACAUAAUAAUGACUAGGUAUAUCUUUUACCUAAUAUUAUUAUUAUGUUUUUGACUAAUAUUCAUUUGAUUUCUAUAAUAUAAUUAUAUGUUCUACUUAGUGUAAUUACUCUUUUUAUUAAGUGGCUAUUAAAUUCAAGAAAUGUAUCUAUAUUGUGAUAAUGAUGAUUUACUAAACUUAGUUUGUUUUCUAUAUUUUCUUGAACUUAAUCUUCAUGAUCUACAUCACAUGUAUUAUAUAUUUAAAUAGACUAAUUUUAUAAAUUCAUAUAUAUAUAUAUAUAUAUACAGUUGUCCCACUCUAUGUUUUCUGGAUUUUUCUGGUGCUGUUAAUAUUAAAUUUGUUUAGAUUUUUUUUUUUUCAAUAUGUAUGUCUUUGAGAGAGUCAAGAGAAAAAUUAAAUUUUUAUUCUCACCCUUUAGAGACAAAAAAAAAUAAUAACUUUAAUUAUUCACUUUAGAAAAUGUUCAGAAUAGUAAUUUUGUAAAAAUAUAUUAUUACAAUUUUAAUGUAAUAAUUAUUUUAAUAAUAAUAAUUUCAUUAUUAAACAAUUUUAAUGUAUCACACAUUCAUAUCCAAUGAAUAAUUUCUUAGUUAUAAUUAAUUAGGUGUGAAAACAAUUAACAUUCAAUAAAAUAACAUGCUAUACAAUAAGGAAUUACAAUCAACAUCGUAAUUCUUUACCUUCUAUUGAUUAUUUAUUUUUUUCAAGCCUAUUUUUUAGAAAACCAGCUAUAAUUAAGAAACUAUUAAUCCAAUGUGAAUGUAUAGUACAUUAAAAUGUUUAUAAUAAUAUUUCUUUUACAAAAUGACUAUUUUAAAAAUUGUCUAGUUAUUAAAAGUUAGUGUAGUUAUUUUUUUUUAUGCAACUUUUUUCCAAAUUUAUAAUCUACUCAAAGACAAACUGAUUGAAAAAAAAACUAAAUAUUAACAGGCAAAAAAAUCUGUGUUUGACACCUAUGAUACACUAUAUAUAUAUAUAUCAGCGCAUUUGAAUUCCAUCCAUAAAUUACAUUUUGUCAGAGUUGCGUCCAACCGCGACUCUGACUGGUAUUUUUAAUAAAAUCUUUGUUUUGAAUACCCUCUCUUCCUUUGUGGUUAAAUUUGAGCUUUGCAUUUUAAUACAAAUAUCAGUUUGAACAUUUUUGACAUGAAUAAAAUUAAUUUCAAAAAAUAAAUUGUAAGGUGACAUUUACCAACCUAUAAUAAGGUAUUGAUAAUUAAUAUUAAUAUUAACAAGUUUAUCAUCAAACAUGUAGAAAUAGAAUAACAAUUAUUCUUGCUGACACAACUUGGAACAGUCACUGAAAAACAGUGGACGCAACUGGGUUUAUAUUAUAAUAUUUACAUUUUUAGGGACACAAUUCAUGUGCAGCCAUAUAUAUAUAUAUAUAUAUAUAUAUAUAUAUGUUACAGGCAAAGUAAGAAGUCAAGCAUUGUGUACUGUGCCCAAUUAGAUUUGAGCAUUUUAAAUUAAAAAUUGAAAAUAUUAAAAAUAAAAUAAAACAUCUUACUAAGUACUUUAAUAAACAUAAAAACUUGCAAUAGACUUUCCAUACAGUUAUUUAAUUGUAAAUAAAAUGUAAUGUUAUGUACAUACUAUUAUAUUAUUAUUUAUUUAUUAUUACAUAUGCCAUUUUUAUGUCACUAUAAGUUACAAAGUCGACCACAUAUUUUACAUUAACAGUGGUUGGUCUUCAGGGGGGGAGGCGAACCCGCCUAAGGCCUCGUACUUAAUAAAGCCUUUUAUUUUUAUAUUAAAUAUUAAUAUUUUCAUAUUAGUUCUAUUAUGAUUUAUCAACAUUUUUUUAUUAUUAUUGUACCUAUCUGAAUUACUUAUCUCUAAUAUAAAAUAAUUCUAAUUUUUGUACUGUUAGAUGUACAUUUCAUGAAUUUCUAAAUUGUUUAUAAUUAAAAAAUUAUAAUAAAUAGUUUUGAUAAGGAAUAAUGUUUAAUUGAUUGGUAAUUGUGGAUUUUUUCCAAUGUUUGUCUUAAUUUAUAAACACACAAAUGAAACUAAAUCACAAGUAUAGGAUUUCAUUUGCUUUUGAACUGUCAUGGUCAUUGCUUGUCAAAAUUACAGAAGUAUUAUAAUUAAUUAUUAUCUAUUAUAAUAUUAUAACCAUUGCUUGAAUUGUGUAUGGGAGAUACACAGGGGAAAGAACUCCUUUACUUUAAUUUUUCCAGAUUGAGCACUGGUUAUAAUAAAUAUAGAUAUACAAUAUUAUUAUACAUCUAUAUAAUUUUUUUUUGUACUUACCAAAGUAAAUUUUACUAAACUAGUUUUUUUUUUUUCUGAAAUAAAUAUGGUUUAGAGAAUAUUUAAUCCAAUAAUUUAAUUUUCAGUCUAGCCAAUUAUUUUUAUUUAUUUAUGUACCUACUUAAAUACUCUAUUAAAUAAAUCUUCGAAGCGCUAAUGUAUUUUGACUUAAGAUGUUACAUCUUUACUCUUUUGACACUGCUUAUUUAUACCAUACAUCAGAGGUGUCCAACCCUAUCAUGCAUGUGGCCCACAGAAGAUUUUAAUGUGGCUCUCAAUUCAAUUUCAAUUCACCAAUUAAUUAUUUAUAAUAUAAUGAGAAAAAAAAUUUAUUUUAAGAAUAUUAAAUUACAAAACAUUAAAAAUUUAAAUAUUAAUAGUAUAUUGUAUAUAAUAUAUACUAUUAAAUGAAAGUUUUAUCUUUAUUGGGAUCCGACAGCGAUAAAGAAACUAAUUUAACUAAAAUAACAAUACAAUUAUUUAAAAAUUGUUUUCUUUUAAUCAUAAAUAAAUAUAUUUUUUCUUGUAAUUAUAAAUAAAAUAUUAUUAUUAAAAUGAAUGUGGCCCAGUCUUUACAAAAGGUUGGACACCCCUGCGGCAUACAUUAUACCCAAAAAAUAUAUAACCUAUUAUUUUCAUAAUAAAAAAUUUUUAUUAUGAAAAAAAAGGAAUGUCAUUUAAUGGCAUUCCUACAUUUAUUAGGGGUAUAUCUAAGGGCGAGCAAAAUGUAUUGGUUAGCUCUGUUGGUCUUAUAUGAUGUACAGUAGAACCCAGUUUUGGGACCAGAGCUUUGACAGAUAAUCAAAAAGACGGUUAAUCGAGCAACAAAAAUUUAAACAUACAUACAUAUUAUUUAUUAUUUUUUUUUAGUAAUUAUGACAUACAUAUUGAUAUAAUUAGGUACUAUUACUUAUUGGUACAUUAUUAUUAUUAUUUAAUUUAUUAACAAGUUUUAUUAUUUACAAUUACAUAUAUACUUAAGAAUUAAUAUUUAAAAAAUCGGUUAAUUUUUUUUGUUUUAACAUAUUACGUGCUUUUUUGGCUACCAUAUCUCUAAUUCUUCGAAGCAGUAAUAGCUGAGUCGCAUCAGCUUCAGUUUGUUGUUUAAAACACUCAAAGCACUUGGAAAGCAUGGAUUCUGCUUCAAGCUUCACUUGAAUGAUAGAUCCUGAAAGGGGCACUCCUUGAGUUUGUAUGAACCACUGAUAGUCUAGUUGUUCGAGUGAUGAAUUUUUCAUAGUUUUCCUAAUUGUCAUGUUGCCAUCAGAAUUUUGCAGUUUGGAGAUAUGGCUUUCGAUUUUAUUGGCAUUUUUAUUAAUAUCAUUUACAGUUGUUUGGCCAAAAUCGUAAAUUGCUAUGCUUACUGCACUUUCUCCCCUUCGUAAAGGCUUAAUAAUAUCCAAUUUUUGAGAUAAAUAAAGUACAACAUGCUUUCGUUUUUCACUCAUUGUUUUUAAACUUAAAAUAUUUGCACACACAAAGAGUCUAAAAACGCGAACAGUCGUUCAAUAUAUAACAAUAACUGACUGACUUCAAAAACAAAAUGCAAUCAUUAUCGUAAUUAACUAUUUUUAUCUCACCCAUUAAAUAUAUAUGUAUGUGUAUACAUAUAUACCUAUCUCUUAUCUAGUAGAUAUUUUUAUGUUUCAAAUUCAAUUCAUACUCCAUAUUGUUUAUAUCUCAGUAUCCUGCACAUGUGUUGUGUCACUACUCAUCGCUAUAAUCAACCAUAGUCAUUAUAAUGACAAACUUGAGACUUCGAAAAUACUGAAUAAAAUGAAUAACAAUACAAAUUCGAUAACUUAUUAUUGGUGUACAAAAUAUACACGGGUGCAUUUGCUCCAAUAUACUAUAUUUAGUAUAUUGUAUCCAGUAUUUAUAUUUGUUCCUAAAUUAAAUAGGUAUUUCAAGUCAUUAUAUAAAACGAAUUAAAUAAGUAUGUAGGUAUAGGUAAAUGUUACAUAUAUAUUUCAUUUGAUAUAAAUGUGUCCACUUGAUUCUAGGCAUUGUACACAGUGACUGAGCACUCUUGUACAAUGCCAGCUAAUUUAGUCAAAAUUGGAGUAUUAAACAAAUUUCCAAAAUUAUUCGGGUAUCACAAUGCCCGGAUUUCCUACUUUGCCUGUAACAUAUAUAUUUAAGUAUGUAAACUAAGUGAAUGUACAUAGGCAUUUUAUAGUUAUUAAUAUAAAUAAAUUGCUAAAUUUAUAGAAAAGAUACCCUCAAUUAAAUGGAUCUUCAACUAAAGAAGAAAAUCUCUCAAAAUAUACUCAUUUAUCAUCAGAAACUGUCCUAAUAUUGCUGAAUAGCCUACGCAAUGUUACUGGGUAAGUGAAUUUUAUUUAUUAUCUAUAAUAUUAAUUUUAUUAUUAACAGAUACAAUGAUAACAUUUGGUGGCCUUGGUCCCAGGAGUUGGUUAUUUUAGGAAGCACCUUUUUAGUAUUAUUUAAUGCAGACAUUUCUGUUCACCAGAUAUUAAAAUAUAACAUAGAUAAAAGUAGAAAUAUAUGUAGUUUUUUUAAAAAUAGCUGGAUAGUCUGAAGCUAAACUUAAUCUGCAAUAAUCCAAGUAUUUAUUUGAUUAAAAAUUAUUUGUGCUGUGCAAUCCGAUUGAAAAUAUUUUAUUACUAAAAUUAGUAAAAUAUGAAGGGAUAUACUUGACACGUGAUCCACUGUUGUAGGUGGGAAGUAGGAUACAGACGGAAUUUAAUCUGUAGUCAAUGAUAAACCAUUGCUAAUAAACAAAAUUAUUCUGAGCAUAGCUGUUGCUUUGUCAACAAUAUAUCUGUAUCAUAUUAUGGUAAAAUGAUUACAACAAUGAUUGUUUAAAAAAGAUUAAAAUAUUAAAUAAUAACAAAAAAUAAAUAAAACCGGUUGCCAAUGGUAACCUUAUUUUAAUCUUUCAAUCUUUUUUUAACCUAACCUAACCGAGUUUUCCUCAUUAUCUAUUCGAAUAUUAAUGAACAUUUCAAAAAAUGACCUCUCUAAAGUGCCAUCUAGAAAAUGUGCUAUACUUUAUAAUCAGAGUAAGCUUUCUAGUAGAAAAAUUGUUUAUACAUUAAAAAAAAAAAAAAAAAACAUAAAAAAUGUACUAUUUUAAACAUCUUUUUCUGUACCUUUAUUAAUUAUUAAUUACAGAACAGUUUCACCAGAACUUUCAGAAACUAUUAUUCAAAUGAUAUCAGCUUACACAAAUUUAUAUAUGCCUAAAGGAACACCUGCCCGUGUUAAUCCUAUGGUCCUUCCACCUUUACCACCAAUUUUUCGUCCUGUGCAACAACCUAGACCAAUUGAAGGGCCUGCAUUACAAGUUAUGGUUGAUCAACUUGCUGGUUUAGCUACAAGUCUAGCUAACUUUGGAAUAAAUCCUACUACUCAAACUAACUCAAUAUUUACUCUACCAGGUAAAAACUAUAAAAUCAAUGAAAUUACAAUUAAAAAUGUUAUACUAUUUAUUUUUAGGAUCUUUGGGACAACUUAUUCAAGCUCCUGGAUCACCAUCUCAAAAUCUUGUGGGUAAUGCAUCUGGACUUGGAGGCUUCUCCAUCAUGACACCUACUAUAAAUACUCUUGGUCAAAAUUAUGCAAAUAUAACUAAUCCAUUGUCUGGUGCAUCUAAUAUGUUAAAUUGUUUACCUCCUCAACAAGUUUUACCUUCAGUAAUUGGGAAAUCUAAUCAACUAAGUAAUAUAUUUAAAUUAAAUAAUUAUUAUUAAUUGUCUACAUUUGUAACAUUGUCUAUAAAAUACAAAUAUAAAUUGUAAAAUUUGCUUGCCAUUAGUUUGUUUAACAUUAAUAAUUUCAAAAACAUUUAUUUUUAUAGUUGAUAACAGUUUAUUUAUGGAUGGUAAUAUGCCAGUUACUGUUCCCAAAGAUAUCGAAGAUGAAGCUAAUAGUUAUUUUCAGCGUAUUUACAAUUUAGCUCCUCAUAAUUCUUUAUCGAUUGAUGAAAUACUUGAAACCUUAAAAAGAUUUCAAGAAUCUCCUAUUAAACGUGAAAAAGUAAAUAUUAUUCCAUCUAUUGGUUUAUGAUUUAAUAUAUUUUAUUUUAAUUAAAACUAAAAAUAUUUUUUUUAUUACAGGAAGUAUUUUGUUGCAUGCUUAGAAAUUUGUUUGAGGAAUAUAGAUUUUUUCCAGCUUAUCCAGAAAAAGAACUUAUUACAACAGCUCAUCUAUUUGGUGGUAUUAUAGAACACAAUCUUGUUUCGUAAGUCAUUUAAAUUUUUUGAUAUUUUUUUUGUAUCAUAAAUAAUUAAUUAUCAAAUAAUUUUUAUAUUUUAUAGAAAUUAUAAAGCUUUAGGACUGGCACUUCGCUUUAUUUUUGAUGCUCUUAAGAAGAACCCUAAUACAAAGAUGUAUAACUUUGGAAUAACUGCAUUAGAUCGGUUCAAAUGUCGUUUAAAGGAUUAUCAUCAAUAUUGUUCACAUAUAACUUCCAUUCCUCAUUUUCCGCAGUUUCCUCAACACCUUAUUGAGGUAUGUUAAAACGGAAUUUUAAUAAUUAAAUAUUAUAAACAUUGUUAUAUUCUUUCUAACAAAAUUUAUGUGUUGCCCUAUUUCAUUUAAUUAAUUUGUGUAUAAAUUGAGUUUUAUUAUCAUCAAAUUAUGUAAAUGUUUUUAAUUUUUGUGAUAGUUUCUAAAACAUUUGGGAAAUUCCAAAAACUAUUUUUAUAAAUGAAUAUUUGUGUUAAAUUUUUAAUAGAAAUCUAUAACUUUAGUUUAAUACAGUUACAUAUUAGUUUAUUUAAAAAAAUCUCAUUUGAGUAUCUCUUAUUCAAUAAUAGUCAAAUCUUAAGCAGCCCAUACACAAUCAAUAUUUAAUAUUGACAAUAAUAUUGCUUGUGUAUGGGAAAUAAGAGUAUGUAAUACUCAUAUUUUAAUAUAAUAUGAGUGUUCAGAAAUAUAUCAUGUGUGUUUUGAAUUGUACAAUUAAAUUGUUUGGAUCUAAACAAUCUAAUUAUUAUUGAUAACAGUCUGAUAAGAAGUGAGAACUUAUCAUGCAUAUAAUAUUAAUUGAGAUUACAGGACAAUUUAAAUUUGAGGCUAUUUACCUCCAACUCAAUAUUUUUCUUAGAAUAGUAGGAAGAAAAAUAUAAUGACAAUAACUAGCAGAUUUACCAAGUCUAGCCAAUAACGUGUUUGUUAGGCAUGUCAAAAAUUAAAUUUUGUGUUAAACUGUUAAGGUAAAUUGGUCACAGUGUACAGUGAUGAAGUCCUGAGUCAUGCUUAGGUUUUUCAAUGGGAUAAAAAUUUUAAAAAUAAUCGUGAGAGUAUUGAGGAUGAACCAUGAAGACAAAAUUGAAAAUGAUGGUUUGUUUCUUUGACAGUAAAGGGAUUGUACACAUAGAGUUUGUACCAUUUGAGCAGAUUAUCAACCAACAUUUCUACCUGAAAAUACUCAAUCAGCUGCAAUAAUGAGCCAUAAGAGUCCAUCCAGGGACUGGCAAAAACGGAUCCUUCAUCUUUGCAAUGCUCCAUGCCAUCAUGUCUUCAGUGUAUAGCCUCUAAAAACAUCUCAGUGUUGCCACAAGGGCCCAAUUUGUGGGAUCUGUCAGCCUGUGAUUUCUUGUUCCCCUAAAUAAAAUUGAUUGUGAUAGGAAGUAUUUUGAGUCCAUAACUGACAUCCAAACCAGUGUAUAGCUGUGAGAGGGAAGUACUUUGAAGGGGAUCACAUCAAUGUACCUUAAUUUUUAAAUAUAUGUAUUUUAUGGGCUUAGUCUUAUUACUUAUUGGUCAGGCCUCAUAUAAUGUACUUCAUAUUAAACUAAUUUGAAACUCAUGAAUAGAUUUAUCAAAUUCUCACUAGAAAUAACAUAACUAAAUGUUAUUAGUCUAUUUUUUAAGAAUUUAUGAAUUAUAUCAAAAUGGUACUUGUACUCAUGAAAUGUUGUCUUUAAUUUGCUACGAACUACAUUUACAUUGUUGAUUUUGUUUAAUUAAUUUCAAUAAUUUGUAUUUAAUUAGUAUGUUGAGUAUGGAAAACUUUCUCAAGAACCGCCUAUUUCUCGAAUCCCAGAUUUGAUUGGAAUUAAUAAUAAUACUGCUGCAUCAGGAACAUUUAUAUCAAGUUUACAUAACAUAUUUAAAAAUCAAAAUAUAAAUCCAUCUAUAACAACAACAUCUGUCUCUACAUCAUCGAAACUUAUAACUACCAACACUUUGGUACCAUUUAGAGUAAAUAUAUAUAAGUGUCUUCCACAUAGCUACAUAAUUGUAUAUUUUAAUUGUUUGUUUUAUUAUGUUUUUAGCCUUCAAUUGCAAAUACUACAAAUAUUGAUACACUAUUAGUAGCUACUGAAAAAGACGAUAAGUUGAUCAUACCACCAGAAAAUCUUCAAGAUAAAGUUGCUUUUAUUUUUAAUAAUCUAAGUCAAGUUAAUUUGCAAACCAAGGUGAAAUAAGAACAUUCAAAUUUAAUAUAAAAAUAAAUAAACAAUUUAAACAGUACACAAAUAUAAUUAAACUUCAAUAUUAUAUAUUAUAGUGUGAUGAAAUUAGAGAAAUCAUUAUUCAUAAUUAUUUACCAUGGCUAUCUCAGUAUAUGGUUAUGAAACGAGUUAGCAUUGAGUUUAACUUCCAUACAUUAUACUCUAAUUUCUUGGAUUGUUUAAGUAAUGAUAAAUUGAAUUCACUGAUAAUUAUGGAAACUUUCAGAAAUAUCAAAGUUAGUAACAAUAAAAUUAGUAUAUACUUUGUUUAUAUAAUAUUAAAAAGGUUGUCAAUUUAUUUUUUAGAUUUUAUUGAAAAGUGAUAAAGGUAUGGACAAUUUUUCUGACAGAUCAUUGUUAAAAAAUUUAGGUCAUUGGCUUGGUAUGAUAACAUUAGCUAAAAAUAAACCAUUACUGCUUGAUAGUAUUGAUUUAAAAAUGUUACUGGUUGAAGCAUAUAAUAAUGGACAUCAAGAGUUAUUAUUCAUAGUACCUUUUAUUGCUAAAAUUCUUGAAUCUUGUGCUAAGAGUAAAGUAUGUAUUUAUUAUAAACAAUUAUAUUAAAUAAUAUUUAUUACUAAAAAAUAUUAUGGUUAUAUAAGGUAUUUAAACCCAGAAAUCCUUGGACAAUGUCUGUAAUGAACUGUUUGGCUGAACUCCAUCAAGAACCUGAUUUAAAAUUAACUUUAAAAUUUGAAGUUGAAGUGUUAUGUAAAACAUUAAACCUUGAAAUACAAGUAAUUUAAAUAGUGCUAACUAUUAAUCGAUCUAUAAGUGAUUUAAGUUUUUAAUUUUGUAUUUGUAUUUAUUACAGGACCUUAAACCUGGAUAUGUUCUUAAAAAUCCUGAGAUAGCAAAAAAAUUGAAAAAACAGCUUUGUAAUGAAGAUAAUUUAAAACCCCAAACCCUAAGCAUUCCAGAACAGCCUAAAAUGUCUGUUCCAACUUCAUUGAACCAACAUACACCUAUUUUUCAAAGUAUUAAAUUUGUAUUUAUUAACAUAAUACUUAUUUUGUUUAUUUUAUAGAAAUGAUAGAUAACAAGGAUUUGAAUGUAUCAGUAUAUUUUUUAGCUACUUAUUACUGUAAAAACACUAUUACACUGUGUUAUAAAAUUUUAUAAAUUUUAGUACAUAUUUUUAAGUUUAUUUAAUCAUUUUUUAUUGGAUAUAAUUUCUAUCCCUAAUAAUAAGUUUUUUAUUUAGGAUGCAAGGGCUACUUUAGUAUUUCAUACAUUUAUUUAUAUAUAUGCAGGGUUUCUUACAAAUAUAUACCCAUUGUAAUAUCUCCAGAAAUAGUAGAUAUUUAAAUUUUGAUUUUUUUUUUUUUUUUUUAUUACAGUGAAACUACAAAUAUUUAUUGUAAAUAUUAUUAUUUUUUUUUUAGAUUUUGGUAAUAAAAAUAACUUUAUUUUAUUAUUUUUGAAAGAUUAGAAGAACAUUUUGAAUGCUCAACUUUUUAUUUUCAUUAAAUUUGUGAUUUUUAAUAAUUUUUUAAAGUCGAAAAAAAAAAGACUGAAGGAUUCUGAGCAGAGUUCGAUUCAUUGUGUUGCUUUAAUACAAUAACAACAAUGUAUAUAUAAAUAUAUAUCACAUUAUGGCAAAAUAAUUACGUAGGCAUUAUAUAUUUUCUUUAAUAAUAUUUGUUUAAUAUUGUAUUUAUUUUACCGAUUUUCACCAUGUUUUUCCUAAUUAUUGGGAAAACUAGAAAAAUCAAAAAAUGACCUCCCUAAAGGACCAUCUCUGGAAAAUUCCCUUUAAGAAAAAAUGUUGUACUUGAUACUUCCAAACAUAAAAAUCAAAUUAAAAUAUAAAUAUUUAUAGUCCUUAUUCCUAGUAUUUUAGAGUAUUUUAUAUAUAAAUAAUAAAAAAAUGAUUAUCUCAUCAGAUAUUGCAAGAUAUCCUGUAUAUAUAAUAUAUAUAUAUAUAUUUCUUAAUUUUAUUCAUGUUAUAUAUUUUAUUUGUUAGCAAUUAUUUCUCCACAAGAACAACAACAGAACAUGAUGUCUUCAAUUAAUUCAAAUGCACGGUUUAAUGAGUUGGUGAGCCAAGUUGCAAUUGGUGGUCUUCAUUCACUGACACCUUCUGAAAGUAUAAAUAAUAUAACUGGUGGAAUGUCACCUACUCCAAAUUUGUUUGAGACUAAAUUUAACUAUGUAACACUGAAUACAACCAAUUCAUCACAAUUAAUGUCUAUGGUUGUCAUUAAUCCUCAAGUAAGUAUCUUAUAACCUUUUUAUACAUUUAUAUUUUAUUAAUUUAUUUACUAAUUAAUAGAUUUGUUUAGAUUAUUGAAAAUUUGAUUUUUAUUGAGUUAAAGUAGUAGUUUUAUUAAAUACAAUUAUAUAGUUAGCAAAAGGGUGGUUAUUUUAUAAAAAUACAAAUUUAAUUUUUAAAUUAACCAUUCUACAAAGAAAUGUAUCAAUUCAAAUAAGAGAUAUCUUAACUUAAAAAAAAAAAAACAAGUUUAGUACAAGUCUAAAUAAUACAUCCGAAGAAUCACAAUAAAACAAAAUAUAUAAUAUAUCCAAAAUGCUGUGUUUAUUAUACUGAUUGCAUAGAGUUUUAUUGUUUAGAUUCCAUUAUUUGUUAGUCAACCAGCUCUUAAGACUUAUGUACGAGCUGCCAUUGAAAGAUCAAUUCAAGAAUGGCUUAAUCCUGUUGUGGAUAAAUCAAUUAAGAUUGCAGCCACUACAGUGGAACAUAUUGCUAAAAAAGUUUGAAAAAUAAUUUGUAAUAUUACAAUAUGAACAAUAUUUUAUUAUGAUAUUAAUUUUUAGGAUUUUGGUAUGGAUCCAGAUGAAUCCCACAUGCGAAAAGCUGCACAUUGCAUGGUGAGAAAUCUAACUUCUGGUUUAGCAAUGAUAACUUGUAGAGAGCAGGUUGUGCAAGUUUUAUCAUCGAACUUAAAACAACAUUUUCUGAGCAUUUUAAUUGUAUGUAUGAAAAUAAUAAUUAUUCUAAACAAAUUUAAUUGAUAAUUUAUGUAUUAUUUAGACACCAACACAAGUGCAAAAAGAAAUGGUUGAUCAGGCCUGUACAAUGUGUGCAAAUGAUAAUGUAGAAUUAGCUUGUGCUGUUGUACAAAAAAUUGCUACUGAAAAAGCAAUCAUUGAAGUUGAUAAAUAUUUAAAAAAUGUAAGAAUUUUUAUUUUUGAAUUUUAAACAACACACUUUGUUAUCAUUUUAUAUAAAUAAUUUGUAUAGGAAUUUGAAAGGCGCAAUCUUUCAAGAAUGGAAGGUCGUCGGUUUUAUGACCCAAUGAUAAUGAGUAGCCAAGCUGAAUAUUUACCUGAUACUCUUCGUAAUAAAGUUGGAUUGCCAUUACCUCAAAUGAUUGGAGUUUAUGAAGAAUUUGCUAGGAAUAUACCAGGAUUUCAACCACUAGAUCGGGAAUCAGCCUCAUUAUUUAUGCCUAAAACUGUAAUUUAAUAUCAUUAUUUUAUUAAUAUUAAUUAUAAAAUUAAUUUGUGUAAAUAAUUAACAUUUGUUAAUGUAUUAAAUAAGGGAAUCCAAAUUGACGAAAUGUCAGCUAUUUAUGAAAAACUUAUAAAUGAAAUUGAAGUACUUCUACAAUUAUACAUGAACAACCAAAGACUUAUGUCAAAUACAACUCAAGUGUCAAACCUUCAUAGCUCAUUAGAAGCAAUGUUAUCUUUAAGAAGAUCACGUGAUAUUGUUAUUGUAACAAAUGUUAUCAAUAAAGUAAGUAGAUUCUAAUAUAAUAUUAUUUUAUUGAAACAAUACCAAUACAUGCUAGACUUAUGUUUCUUAAACUUUUCGAAAUUAUGAACACUAAACAAUAAUAUUUUAAUGUCGAACCCCUAAAAUAUAAAAAUGUUUUUUUAUUUUGUUUACUCAUAUCAGUGGUAAUAUUAUAAUACAUUUAAUAAAUACUUAUACUGACACACAUGUGGGGCAACAGGAGGGGGGAUUUGUGACAUUCUCAGGGAGAAAUAAUAAUAUUCACUAAAAAUAGCCAAACUCACUGCACUGCAUAGCUAACUGCAGCAUCGCAUAUGAAUUUAUGUCAUUGGUGAUUUAGCUGUUUUUCAUUACUGUUCUUUUUAAAUAGUUGUAGAAUUUUAGUUAACUUUUUCCAAACCUUCCUAUAACUCCCCAGCCCCUACAAGUUAUUCCGCAGAACACAGUUUAAGAAACACUAAGUUAGACUGUAUAUUAAUUAAUUAUUUAACAUUAUUUUUAGAUCACAGAAAAUUAUCUAGAAGGACUUAGCCCACCAGCUAACCAAGAUUUGGACAUGACUAUUAGAUUUCGUGAUAUACAUCUCAAUAUAAUAAGAGCUUUCCAAGAUCCUCGGGCAUACAGCUUACAAUGGACAAAUAAGACAUUAACCAAGUAUUUUAAAUAAUUAAUUUUUGGAGAAAAAGUAAUAUAUAAUUUAUUAUUGUUUUUAAGAGCGCUUGUGGAAUGUAGAGAAGACUUACAGUUCAAUCUUGAUGCGAUUGAUACAUUAAUCCGUGCUGGAAUGAUAAAUAUUGGUAUAUAUGACAUGCACUUAGCUAUGUCAAUGGAUAAUGGGACUAAUUAUGUAACCAUGUCAUUUGUAAAACAAGUUCUACAACAUUAUUUGAUAGAUAAUCGAUCAAAUUCACCACUUACUGAACUCAAUUUUCAAACUACUCUUGAUACAUUAAAUACAAUCAUGAUCAGUGGCCGCCCUAUUCCAGAUGGGUAACUAUUCAAUUUAUAUUCUAUUGUUGCAAAUAUAUAUGUAUUACUUAUCAAUUUUAUUUUUGAACAAGGAUUUAUACCUAAAUUGCUAUUUAGGUUGAUAACUUAAAGGCAAAAUACUGAUAAUAAUGUAAUUUUAUUUAUAUUUUAAUUAAAAAACUAAUCAAUAAAAAUAGUUUCAUUUUGAUUUCAUGUGGGUUGUUGCAAUUUUCUUGGUGCACUAUUAUAUGUAUAAAUAUUUUGAUUACUGACUAUAAUUUUAUCUCCUAUUAUGAGUAAUAUACUUUGUGGGUUUAAUGAUUUAUUGAUUUCUGAUGCAUUAUAUUAACAAAUUUUAUGAAUUUGACUAAUAUAGACCAUAUAAUCUUAAAAGUAGGGUAAAAAAUAUAUAAAGGGUGAUUCACUAAGCAUGCUCAUCCAAUUUUUUAGUUACAUUUUACUCUUAUUCAAAUUCUAAUAUUUGGAACUUUUAAUUGUAGUUAAAGCAGAUAUUUCAGAAUACUUAUAUUUUUCACAGUAUUUAAGAAAUAUCCUAUAGUGAUACCAACUUUGAUUUUUCAAAUUUUUCUAUAUUAAAAAUGCCAUAAAUAGACAGAGUAUUAUUUUAAAUAAAUCUUAGUGUUAAAAUUUUUGAUUUCAGUCAACCCAUUAACGACAUUCCACUUUUAAAUUUAGGUAGGGGGAGAGUAGUGAGUACUAUUAAAACAUUAAAACACACCACUCUGUUCUGCCACAGAAAUAAUACUUCACUACUCUGCCUCUACCUAAACUUAAAAGUAAAAUAUCUUGUCAGUGGGUUGUCAGAAAUCAAAAAUUUUAACACAAAAAUUUAUUUAAAGUUAUAAUUUAUCUAUUUAUGGAAAUUUUAAUAUAUGUUCUCAUUUUAAAAACCAAAAUUGGUAUCAUCACAAGAUAUUCCAUAGAUGUUGUAAAAAAAUCCAAAAAUCAAAAUUUAAAUAAAUGUAUGCAAAUUUUAACCAAAAAAAUGGGGUGGGCACACUUAGUGAACCAUUCUGUGUAUACAUAAAACAUGAUGGUUCCUAAAUUUUGAAAAUGAUAAAACACUAAUAUCUCAUGUUUGGAGUCUGUAAAAACUAAAAAGUAAAUUAUGAAUUCACAUUAUUUAUAAUAUAAAAGUAUUACAAUUAUUAUACAUUAUAACUAGUUAGACAUAAAAGUACUUAAAUCAUUUUUUCAAGUAUUAUGAUGUGUUUUAAUUUAUUUAUAUAUUUGCAUUAUAGAUUAGCAGCCAUUUUAGAAAUGGUUAGACCAGCACAUGGAACAACUAAUCCUGUAAAUCGAAUAGGUGCUAAUAAUAAUACAGCCACUAAUAAUACUCAAUAUAGUCUAUUACAGGUAAGUUUUGAUUUUUAUAUUACAUAUUAACUUUUUUUAAAGAUAAUGAUUACUAGUUAUGUUUUAAUUUCACUUCAUAUAAUAAUGUGACUAGUAGCUUGAAUAAUAAUAAUAGCAUGUUCAUUUUUCAUUUUAGAGUAGGGACUUUGAUGACCCACCAGGGUUAUUAGAAAAAACUGAAUUCUUACUUAAAGAAUGGUUGACUAUUUAUAAUGUAACACCCAAUAAAGAUCCUAACAAAACAUUUAAUGCAUUUAUUCAACAAGUAUGUUACACUUUAUUAUUAUAAAUUGAGUAAUUUUAAAAUAAUAGUUUUGUAUUUAUGUGUAUAGAUGAAUGUUCAAGGAAUUUUGAAAUCUGAUGAUAUUAUAACUCGCUUUUUCCGCAUUAGUACACAGAUGAUGGUAGAGUUAUGGUAUAGGCAAAACCCUGAUCAAACUGAAUCACCUUCUGCUAUUCGAUCAAAAUUAUUUCAUACAAUUGAUGCCUAUGUGAAACUCAUAGUAUUAUUAAUAAAACAUUCCGGUGAUACAAAUGCUCUAACCACAAAAACCAACCUUUUAAAUAAGGUAAUUGUUUUAUAGGUAAUUUAAUUCUUUACAGUGUAUUUUUAUAAUUUUACUAAUUUAUAGGUACUAGGAAUUAUUGUGGGUGUCCUACUUCAAGAUCAUGAUAUACAAACCACAGAUUUCCAUCAGUUACCAUAUCAUAGAAUUUUAAUUACUCUUUUCCUUGACUUAAAUGCUCCUGACCCAGUAUUAGAGUCAAUCAAUUACUCUGUAUGUUUUAAAAUAAUUAUUGUAAUUAAAAACAUGAUUAAUAUUUAUAUUAAUUUUUAGAUACUUACUGUUUUUUGUCAUACUUUUCAUCUCCUUCGACCAAGAAAAGUUCCAGGUUUCACAUAUGCAUGGUUAGAGCUCAUAUCUCAUCGUAUAUUUAUUGGUCGACUUCUAGGAGCAAAUGCUCAACAAAAGGUGAAUUGACAAAAUUAUGAAUUAUUAUGAAGAAAUGUAUAUUUAUAAUUAUUGUAAAAAAUCAUUACUAUUACUAAAUUAGGCAAUCCCUUGUAUAUUAUGUAUUAUUUAAUUUAAAGUAAUAUUUUUUUAUUAUAAAUAGCGUUCUUAUGAUCAAACACCUGCUAAUGAUCUUCAGGCUUGGAAUUACUAUGCUCAACUGCUUGUUGACCUAUUCAAAUAUUUAGCUCCAUUUUUACGUAAUGCUGAACUUGCUAAACCCGUUCAUAUAUUAUACAAAGGAACUUUAAGAGUCUUACUAAUUUUGCUACACGACUUCCCUGAAUUUUUGUGCGAGUAUCAUUAUGGAUUUUGUGAUGUAAUACCUCCUAAUUGCAUUCAAGUUAGUUAUUAUUAAUUAUAAUCCAAAUAUAUUGUUCUUUUAAAUAAAUACCUGAAGUUCAUAAUUAAAAUGUUUGUUUCUAUAUAUUAUAGAUGAGGAAUUUAAUAUUAUCAGCUUUUCCACGUAAUAUGCGUCUUCCAGAUCCAUUUACACCAAAUUUAAAAGUGGAUGUUCUUCAAGAAAUAUCUAUGGCACCAAAAAUUUGUCCAGACUAUCAGAGUUUUAUUCAGCCUGUUAAUUUUAAAAAAGUAAUUAUAUUUUAUAUUAUUUAAAUGAAAUAAAUUUAUAAAAUAUUUAAUUUUGAUUUUUAUAUAGGAUUUAGAUUUGUAUUUAAAAACUCGAUCACCAGUAACGUUUUUAUCUGAGAUGCGUACUACAAUGCAACAGAGUUGUUGUGAACCAGGCAUGCGGUACAAUGUAUCUCUUUUGAACGCUAUUGUUUUGUAUGUUGGAACACAAGCUAUACAGCUAAUACGAACCAAAGGCUUAGUACCAAAUAUUUCAACUAUUACACAUUCCGCUCAUAUGGAUAUAUUUCAAAAUUUAUCUGUUGAUCUUGACACAGAAGGUUACAUUUAUAAAAUAUAUCUUCACUUAUUUAUUAUUAGUGCUUAGAGGUUGAUAGCCAGAUUUGCAUUAAUAUUAUCUUAAAAAUAUAUAUUAAUAUUAAAUAGAUUAAUAAAAUAUUCUUAUAGUCCAUCUGUUGAUGUGUUAUUAAUAACAAAUAAACAUGUGAACAUAAUAAUGAUUAAAUAAAGAAAUAAUUAUUUUACUAAAUUCUUAUUAAUACUAAUAUAAAUUAAAAAUAAUAGUACUAAUUAUGAAUUGAAAUUAAAGUUGUCAAAUACACCUCUGGGCUCUAUUUAGUGUAAUUAUCAAAUUAAUCAUCAGAUUUUAAAUUAUUUAGGUCGUUAUUUGUUUUUGAAUUCGAUUGCAAAUCAGUUGCGGUAUCCUAAUAGUCAUACACAUUAUUUUAGUUGUACACUUUUGUAUUUAUUUGCUGAAGCUAAUAGUGAAAUUAUUCAAGAACAGAUAACAAGGUAAUUAAAAAGUUAUUUCAAAAUAUUAAAUUAAUAUUCUUUAAUCAUUUGGGCAUUUUAUACAUUCAACCUUGUAUUUAAUUUAUAUUUUACUUCUAAGUAUUGUGUAUAGUAGCAUAGAUUUAAAAAUUAUUUUAGGUAUAGGUUGAACAGUAUAGUUGCAUGUGAAAACUUCUACAAUUUCUUAUUCACAAAUUACAAACAUGAUAAUUUAUGUUUUUAUUGAUUUAAACAAUCAUAUAUCCAAAUAUAAUUAAUAUUAUAAUAAUUAAAUAAUUAUAUAGCCUUCAUACCUGACUGGUUAUAGUACAUAUUUGUUGAUUUAUCAACAAAGUAUCAUAGAUAUUUUAUAGUUAACUUGGAUUGAGAUCUGAGCAAAUAGUAUUCAUUAUAGAUUGAAUCCAAUUCUUGAGCUAACUUUAAUGUUUUGAAUGAAAUUCUAUGACCCAUUUAUUGUUUGAUAUUCUCCAUAUCUGAUUGGCAUUAUUAUAGAUUCUAAAAUAUAAUAAAUUUUUUAUUAUAUGGACUGUAUGCCCUAUCCUCAUAUAACUUUUAAAUUUAUGUCUAUAUGCAUAUUAUAAUGCCAAUGUUAAGGCUAAUUUACUUAUAAUUUGUUAUAAUAUAAUGUAUUAAUUUAUAUUUCUUCCAUGAAUUAAUAUAUUUAUAGAGUUCUGUUGGAAAGAUUGAUAGUAAACCGACCACAUCCUUGGGGAUUAUUAAUAACAUUUAUUGAGUUAAUUAAAAACCCAGCUUAUAAAUUUUGGACUCAUGAAUUUGUUCACUGUGCACCAGAAAUUGAAAAGUAAGUAAUUGUCAUUAGUUGUAAUCAAAAUAGUAUUCAUUAUUUUAUAGUUAUGAUUAUGAAGAGAAAAAAAAAUCAUAAUUCAUAAUACUAUGUACUAUUUUUAGACUUUUUGAAUCAGUUGCUCGGUCUUGCAUGGUUCCCAAACAGCCACCUACUACUAUGAACGAUGGAGAUUUACCUACUCAUUAACUCAUUAUUAAAAUACUCUAGUGAAAUAUUUGAUUAUAAUAUUAUUAAGAUAAAAUAUGAACCAAAUAAUUAGUGUUAAAUUAUAUGAUUAUAAUAUAUUUCUCAUUAAUAUUUAAUUUAAUUAUUGGCACAAUGGAUUUUUAUUCCCUACUUAUUAAAUUUAUUUUAAGUGGUUUACUUAAAUGUUUAUUAAAUAAUUGUGAAACUGACUAUUUUAAUAUGAAUUAGAAUAAUUAUACUACUUUCUUCAUAAAAACUUUCUUAUACAAAAUAAUUAUUUUAUUGCAUUAAAAUGUAGUUAUAAUUAAUAAUUAGAACAAAUAUUGAUUAUACUUUAUGUUUGGUUUCAAUAAUUAAAUAACAAUAAUAAUACAGAAUAAUUUAUAAUCAUCCAGUUUGGACAUUCUCGUAUAUAUAUUUAAAAAUAUAUAGUUGAUUUAAUAGAAAAUAAAAUUAUUAAUAAUUUUAAUUAUAAUAUUAUAAUUAUUGUUUUUGUGUUACUAUUAGUAUUUACUAUCUAUUUACAAAAUUAAAUUUUGUUUAUUUUUAAUUUUACUAUAUAAAAACAAUUAUUAUUGAUUAGAUUGUGUAUUAGACAUUAUAUGUAGCUUGCUGAAUCAUUUUUGUGACCAUAUUAUUAUAUGAUUAUUUACUGAUUUACUUAAAUUAAUGUUUUAAUUUUUUUACAUGUUAAUGACCAUCUUAAUGGUAAGACAUUUCUACUGCCAGGAGGAUUGAUUCUUGAAUCUUGUUUAGUCAAUGUCCUAUAUGGCAAAUCAUAUUUGUCACAUGAACCCCAUUGUGAUCUAUUCUUAAUUUAUAUACAACAAAUUGUUAUUAGAUUUUUGUGUGACGAAGUCUGAAGGUUGUGAAAUUGAAUUGCCAAACAAUUCUACCAUAACUAUACUCUGACCACUCACACAGGUCAGAUAAGACUAUUUCAACUCCUCCUCAAAACAAACAUUAAUUAUAGAGUGUGUGCUAAUUAUUUAAUUAUAUACACCGUGUGCGUAG